GCGGCUUUCACUGCACGUUGUGGUGAAAUAGUCCUCGCACCGAGUGAACUAAGAAGUCGAAAGUGGUUUAGUGCAUUACGUGCUUGGAUUUAUUAUAACCUUUCUUCAACUGUCGAUAAUUGUAAAUCAAAAUGACUCUUGUUCAACCGAGUCCUGAACUUCAAAUCCAUAUCCGACACGAACUCAACGAGGACGUUAACACACGAGAAUCAGAUUUAGAGCAUAUCAAAGAAUGGUUAAAGAAGCAACCGCACUUGCCAGAUACUUGGGAUGAGAACCGUUUAUUGACUUUUUUGCGCGGUUGCAAGUUUUCGUUAGAAAAAUGCAAAAGUAAAUUAGAUAUGUACUUCACGAUGAGGACCGCCUGCCCAGAAUUAUUUUCCAACAGGGACAUAACGAACCCAGAACUGAAGCUCAUACGUGAAUUGGGACACAUUCCUCCUCUACCAGGCUUAACUCCAAACGGUCGCCGAGUAGUAGUUCUUAGAUCCAAAAAGGUAGACGUUGAUACUUAUGAUAUAGCUGAUAUUAUGAAAGUUGUUCUUAUGAUCGGUGACGUAAGGCUAGCUGCCGAAGAAGUGGGCGUAGCUGGAGAUGUUUACAUAUUAGAUGCAACAGUAGCCACAGCCGCUCACUUUUCCAGAAUCAAUCCCGCAAUGAUACGUAAAUUUUUGGUUAUUGUUCAAGAAGCGUACCCAGUUAAGCUAAAGGAAGUCCAUGUGGUUAAUGUUUCACCAUUAGUAGAUAAAAUUAUAACUUGGGUAAAACCUUUCUUAAAAGAAAAGAUUAGAGAACGAAUUCACGUUCAUUCCAACUUCGAAUCUCUACAUAAAUUUAUACCAAAAGAUGUACUUCCCGAAGAGUUUGAUGGAACUGCUGGUCCACUACAAGUAUUCCAUGAUCAAUGGAUGGAAAAACUAAAGGAAUACACACCUUGGUUCAAGGAACAAGAAAACAUCAAAGCCGACGAAUCGAACGACCAGGUAAACCUACCAAUUACGACGAUCUCUUUGGAGUAGAUGGAAGCUUUAAGCAAUUAACUAUUGACUAACUCCAAUCGAUAUACAUUGCUGCAAAGUUUUAAUAAUUAUAGGAAAUGUUAUUGGUUAUUGUAAUUAUCUUUUUAUCUGGGUCAUUGGAUACGCUUAUUUAAAAUAUUAAAAUUUAAAAGAUGCAGGAAAGAGUUUUGUACGAAUAUUGAAAAAAAAAAACAAACUAAAUAGACUAUAGUUUAUGACAAAGAUAAUGUCAAACUAUGUUUAAUAACAAAUCGUCAAAAAACUAAAAUUCCAGCCAAAUAAUAAUAAUUAAAAAAUAGUUUUAGAAUCAAUAGACGUUUAAUGAAUAGAAUUUUCAUUUUUUUUAUAAUUAACCAACAAAUGAGACAAUACUAUUAUAAUAAGAAGAAAUAGUAGUAUUAUCUUGUGUGUUUACAAAUAUUAUUAAAUUAAAUCGAAAGUAUUGCUAAAAAACCCUUGAUAAAUAUCGACCUAGAAAAGUAUCGUGUGAAUUGUUCUUGGCUAUUAUUAUAUAUUUAAUAAUAAGCUGCAGAAAUUUUUGUCAAAUAUAAUUUAGUAGCAAUAAUAGGAGAUCGUAACGUUGGUUUCUGACCUAUUACUACACAAUAUUCACCAAAUGAAAAUGUUAUUUAUAUUCCUCAUAGAUUUCUAAUUGCCUGAUUUGGACUUGAUAUUAUCACGCUGAUACAGCUCUUAAAGGGCCUCGACCUUCUUAAGCUUACUGCUCCAUUGUACACUCUAUUGCUUGGUUUUCCAGUUGGCAGCACCGAUCUUCUCAGUAUUCUGUAUUACGUCGUCUACCCAUCUUAGCUUUGCUCUUCCCUAGCUUUUCUUCUUUCCAUUGGCUGCGCUGUCAAAAUCCUGUUUAUCAUGUUUGAUUCUGAGAGCCAAGCUGCAUGUGGUGCCCACCAUAGACGAUUUAGUUUGAUUAUAGUGGUUAAGUUUUUCCACCAAAAUUAAACUUCAGAAUAUUCUAUAGUUCAAAGUUAUAAGUAUGCAUCUAUAUAUGUCCAAAACAAGGACAAUCAGUGUUUUAUGCAGUCUUAUACGUGUUUUCUUUUUGAGACAGACGUCUCUUAACUAUGUACUUUGAUAGAUCAUAAUAUGCCAUAAUUACAAUUGCCUUUCACAAGAUUUGCCUUUCUAUUUCUCUGUUGUGUUUUUAUUGGGGUUCAUCGAUGUCCCUAAAUUUUUAACCGCUUUGAAGUUUUGAUCAUUGAAAAUAAGAUUCUGCUUUAAAAUGUUUUGCUCUCUAAAUUUGAUUUUAUUUUGAUUUAUAUGUAAUUGUAACCAAUUGGAUAGCAGUGGUGAGGAACAAAAAUAUAUACAAAUAUCUGUAGGAAGCCUAUAUUUAUUAAUUUACAAAUCAGUGCUGAUUAAUGAUGAUGAUGAUGAUAAAGAAAAUGGUAAAAUGGGGACCAACGGGUAAUAACAAGUAGAAUCAAGGAGAAAUAACUAUCAGAUAGACAAAUGAUCAAAAGAGGAUAACAGGCAACUUUAACUGCACAAGAUAGAGAAAAUUUAAAACAUUUAGAGAAGUCCUAUGUUUGUUAGUCAAGAAAAAUGUUUAUAAUGUUUUUGUAAUAAUGUUCAUUAUUAAACUGGCAGACACCAUAAUAAUAUCAACAAGACUAUACUUAUAUUUAACGUAGAAGUAAUUUUAUUGGCCCAAAUACAUAAAAAGAUUAGAAUUGUUGUCUUUGUUUCAGAUGAAAAAGCAUAAAACACAGGGCGUAUAGAGAUAGUUCACACUAAGCAUUAAAUGUGGACAUAGCAACAUUAAUAUCUAGUUAUAUAUUCUAGUUCAAGCAUAUAAAAGAAAUAGAAAGAUGAGCUUUAUAGCAAGCGCUGGAAUAAUUAAUAUGUAGAAACAGCUGUGUCACACAAAAUAUGUGCAGCAGUACAUAAAGGGGACGAAAUAUGAUCUUAAAACAGAAAUAUCGAUCGAAUCGAUCGAAAUAUAAAAAACGAUCAAUGCAAAAUUCCUUAAAAAAAUUUACACUUACAUUAACAAAAAUGAAUUUAUUGGUAAAUACAAUACAGCAUAUUUCAGAUACAUUGUCAAUAUGGGCUACUUCUUCUUCUUCUUCUUGUAGUUCCUUCUUCUAUCGGAGGUUGGCUAUCAUCACAGCUUCUUCUUCUUCUUCUUCUUUUGGCAUCAUAACCCUGGAUGGGUCUUUGCCUGCCUGGCUAUGUCCUUCCAUUCAGAUCUCUCUUGUGCCCUUCUUCUCCAUUGUCUUAUGUUCAUUGUUUCCAGUCGUCUUCCACGUCAUCCAACAAUCUCGUUCUGGGCCUUCCUUUUUUUCGCCUUCCUAUGGGCUUCCAUUGUAACAUUUUCUUUGUUGUUUUUGCAUCGUUUUGUCUCUGCGCAUGUCCCAGCCAUGACAGUCUUUGACUUUUCACAAAUCUUACAAUGUCAUAACCUUCAUUUAACUCAUUAACCUCGUCGUUUCUCCUAAUUCUCCAUGUGUCAUCUUCCUCUUGUACCGGGCCAUAUACUUUCCUCAGUAUUUUUCUCUCGAAUGUCCUGAGUUGGGCUUCAUCUUUUUUUGUCAUUACCCAAGUUUCACAUCCAUAGGUUACUACCGGUUACAUUUUGGAUUUUUUGUCUAAUAAUUUCGAUAUCAUCAGUCUCUUAUUGGCAUAGUAUGUACGAUUCCCGCUGGAAAUACAUGCAUUAAUUUCGCUACUUACGGAGUUCUGAUUGAUUUCUGUGCCGUUAUGUAAAGCUAUCCACUCGUUGAAUAGUAUAGUUGUCUAUUGUGAUAUUAUUUUCAUUGUCAGGUAUUCUUUUGACUGUCAUAUACUUCGUUUUUGUUUCGUUUAUUUUGAAACCUCUUUUUCUUGCUUCAGGAUCAAUUUGUUUGAACACUUCCAUUAGUCGUGGCUUAUUCCUACUAUAUCACAGCUAUCCGUACCUUAUUGGCGGCUGCUCUAAAAAGAUCUACUGAGAUGCAACUAUACCACUAUCUUAGGUUUCUCAGCCAGGAAAUGCUUCGUCUUCCUAUGGAUCUUUUACCUCUGAUUUUACUUUGCAUUAUGAGCCAUCUGUGAUAGUAGGACUGGAAUCUACAUCAUAUUUCUCAAUCGAAAAAGGUGUACGACAGGGUUGUGUUCUGUCACCCCUCCUUUUUAAUCUUUACUCUGAAUCGAUUUUCGAUAGAGCCUUAAGUAACACUGAAGAUGGAAUCAAAAUCAACGGACAGACUAUUAGUAGUCUUCGCUAUGCUGAUAAUACAAUCAUAAUAGCUGAUAGCCAAGAAGCGCUACAACGACUAAUAGAUAGAAUAAACACUGAAAGAGAACGACUGGGCUUGAAGAUUAAUAUAGACAAGACGAAGGUAAUGAAUGUUAGUAGAAUACGAAAUAUGCAAUUAAAUAUCCAAAGAGUAAACAACAAGAACAUCCAAAAGGUCCCCAAGUUCAGAUAUCUCGGUAGUUGGAUAACUGAAGAUCUAGAUCCAGAUAUAGAGAUACGUAGCAGGAUUGAGCCAACAAGAAUAGCAUUUACUAAUAUGAGAACCUUGCUAAGCAACAGCAGCCUUAACUUAACGUUUUGAUAUCGCUUUGUAAAAUGUUACAUUUACUCCAUACUGCUAGAUAGUUUAGAAACCUGGACCAUAAAGGCCAAUGUGAUGAACCGAUUGAAGGCCUUUGAAAUGUGUGUAUUUAGAAGACGACUUAAAAUUCCCUGGACAGAUCACACAACAAAUGUCGAAGUAUUAAAUCGAAUGGUCAGAGAACGAGAAUUGCUGAUAAUAAUAAAAAGAAGAAAAACUGCUUAACUGGGUCAUAUAUUUCAAAAUUCUAAGUACCAGUUCUUAAAGCUUAUUAUGGAAGGGAAGAUAGAAGGAAAGCGAGGCAUCGGAAGAAAGAAAUACUCAUGGCUUAAAAACAUAAGGGAUUGGACAAACCUCGACACUCAUGCACUUUUUAGAGCCACACAAGAUCGAACGAAUUAUGCCAGAAUUGUCGCCAACAUCCACUAAUUGAAUAGGGCACCAUAAUCACAUGAGCCUUAAUAUCUCAUAUUUUGCACCUUUGGUAAUGUAUCCUAAAUAUUCCAGCUUUCUUGUUUUGAUGUGCUUUAUGACCUUGCCUUGCAAUCAUAUUUAAUAUGAGCUACGCAAAAUGAAAAAAGGUAAAAUCAAUACUAGGAGGCAAGAUCUAUAUCUUGAGGUAAACGCAAAUACAGAUACUCAAACGAUCUCAAAUAAUUCAUCUAUCUAAUGCGAUUACGGCCUUAAGUUGGGCCUCAGCCUCUUAAGUAGCUUCUUUCUUGCUGUUGUUCUUUUCCAUAAACGUGGUUUUUGGUUUUCCAAUAGCUUUUUCCCUACAUUAUUUCAGAUAUUUUCUAAUCCUUACCCAAAUAUACCAAAACAGAGUAAAAUUUGUAGUGAUGGUGGCCAACAAAUAUGACUAAAAUAACUGUCUUUGUCAGCAAGCUAAUAAAAAAAGGAAUAAGAUUUCUUUAUUUUUUGUUUAACACAAUCUAAUGCACCCGAAUAUUUUUGUUGUCAAUAUCAGUAAUACUUUAAAGUACUAAUUGAUCGAUGUUGACAUAUUAUUUUAAUCUCCUUCUCCCUAACGUUUUUUUAAUUAUGUUAUUUAUUUACAAUGUAGCAAAUUUACGAUAUGAAAAAGAUGCAAAAACAGAUUUAUAAAUUUGAAUCUAAUUUGUAAAAUUCAAUGCAUAUAUCGAAAUCCUAAAGAAAUAUUGUUAAUAAACUGCUAUGAAACUUUUCUAGUCAUAUUUACAAUAUCCACAUAAUAUUUGAAAUAUUCAUUAUAAAACCCAAAGAAUAUGAAAUGCCUAGAUAACUUCUUAUAAUCUAAACAGAUAUUGUUAUAAAAUAAAAAAAUGUAUUGUAUAAUUAUAAUAUAAAGUAUUACACUAUUUUUGUAUUCAUCGGAUUAGUUUUUUUUGUAUAAAAUGAAAAUAAAGUAAUAUCUA